AUGGGCAGAUACCCAGAUGAUAUCUACGUGAAUGCUAUGCGAAUUGUGAAACAAGCAUAUAAAAUCACCAGAAAUUGGCAAGGAGAUCCCUGCAUGCCACGCAGUUUUAGUUGGGACCGUCUCAAUUGUAGUUACUUUGACAACAUUCCCAGGAUCACUUCAUUGAACUUGAGCUCAAGCAAAUUGACUGGACAGAUAAAUACUUCAUUUUCCGAUCUCAUAUCGUUGGAGUCCCUCGAUUUGUCCAACAAUCAAUUGACGGGAGAAAUACCUGAAGUUUUAGGAAAACUACCCAAUUUGAAACUACUUAAUUUGUCAGGGAACAAUCUAAGUGGUCCAAUUCCAAAGGCCCUAACGGAGAAGAACGGCAAUCCUUUAAUAUUGAGGUUUGAUUUGCUUAUUGCAACACACUUAAUUCAUUCAUCUGCAGUUGCAUUGUCUGCAUAG